GUUAAAUGACAGCUGUCAAUUACUUAUUUAACCUAACUUUUUCUGAUACGUUUGUUGUUUAUUUGUUAUCCUCAAAAAAUUAUUAGUAGUUUUCAGAAAACCAAUAAUGCGAUGUCUACAUUUAAAUAUACGACAGGCAACAUUUAUCACACUUUCCGUUAUCAUCAACAAUGUAAAUCUUAUUCAAAUGGCUGAUAAUACACUAGAUGGUACACGUGAAACAACCUCAAAGAGCAAGAAUAUUUCAGAAAAAAAAGAAGUGGUUCAAAAUGUAGAUUCAACUCUGCCCUGUCCUUUAAACAUGGAUUGCAAAGACUUACAUCCUGAUUGUCUGAGGUGUGACAUUACCCCAAAGUGUACUUAUGGUGAAAAAAUGGUCACAAUAUGUACCGUGCAACCCACAGUGAAAUGUAAUGGUGAAAAGACAUUUAAAAAGCAUUUACUUUGUCGUUACUGCUACCAAACUGAAUCUUGGGAACACACGUGUGAUUUGAAAGCGAAUUGUAACUCAGUUGCGUCCCCUAGAAUGACUUACACCACCAAUUGUACAGUAAAAAGUGAUGUUUUGUGUCUUGGUAAUCGCACUUUUAAUAAAAAUGUUUUGUGCAAUUGGACUGGUGGUUAUCGUUGGACGACGGCUUUGAUUUUAAGCAUCACAUUGGGAGGCUUUGGGGCUGAUAGAUUUUAUUUGGGUCAUUGGCAAGAAGGAAUUGGGAAACUGUUUAGUUUUGGGGGACUCGGUGUGUGGACGAUUAUUGACGUUAUUUUAAUUUCGUUGCAUUAUUUGGGGCCUGCUGAUGGCUCCCUCUAUAUUUAAGCCAAUAAUUUAUUAAGGAUGUAAAGUGUGAAUAUUUUAGUAAUAAAACAAGUUAUAAUAAAUUAA